AUGAUCGGCUCAGUUAUUAAAAGGUCUUCCUGGGCUAUAAUUAAGAGCCAAUCAUGCUCGAAUCGUGGUAUAGCAAGCGUCCCGUUCGUCAUUAACAGGGGCUCAACCAACGCAUAUGAUGUGUUCUCGAAGCUUUUAUCAGAAAGAAUCAUUUAUUUAUCAGGUCCUAUCGAUGAUAACUUGGCUACUACUGUCACAGCACAGCUUCUUUAUUUGGAAUCACAAUCAAGUCUUCCUAUAAAUAUUUACAUCAAUUCACCAGGGGGAAGUGUCACAGCAGGGUUGGCAAUUUAUGAUACAAUGCAAUACAUUCGUUGUGAGAUAUCCACUGUGGCAAUUGGACAAGCAUACUCUAUGGCAUCCCUUCUAUUAGCUGCUGGCUCUCAAAAGAAAAGAUUUGUUCUUCCAAACACUUCAAUUAUGGUUCAUCAACCAAGUGGUGGCUUUCAAGGCCAAACUUCAGACAUUGAAAUCCACGCAAAGCAUAUCAUCAAGACAAGAGAAAGGUUGAAUAGGAUUUAUCAAAAACAUAUCAAACCAGGAACGACUCUAAGCAAGAUUCAUGAGCUUUUGGAAAGAGAUAAAUUUUUACUAGCAGAGGAGGCGGUUGAGCUUGGUUUAGCUGAUAGAGUUCUUGCUAGACGAGAAGAGAACGAACAAGAUAAACUAUCAAGUAGGGAAAAUAUUGAAGCAUAG